ACAUGGUAUGGCAAGAAAUAUGGCAGCCAACCUGCCUUGCUUGUCCACAGGGCCAGGUUAAAACUGGCAAAGGCGCUUUUAUUUUGCAUCCCCAGGGUUUCAUAUACACAGAAUGUGGAGGAUAUUUAACGGCAUUCCCAGAGCAAUCCGCCAGCAUUUCCAUGGUCCACGAGCAGCAACCGGAAUCUGUAAGGAGGAGGAACAGCAUGUGGAACAUGAACUAGAUCGUGUAGACAGCUGCUCCUGGUUUGAGCGCAGUCGUCGCUGUGUCAGCAGCCCACCUGAGAGUAAAGGUGACCAAGGUGAAGGUCAGGGCACAGAUCGUGAUAAUGACUGGUGGAACAAUAUCCAUCGGGAUUGGUUUCCUUUCUGUGGGCGACACACAGCACUUGAGGCUGUCACAUGGGGUGCAGCUGUUGUCCUGGGGAUCCAGUUAUCCCGUCCCCGAUGGAGUGAUGGGUGUAUUCGCAGCCCCCUGUCCAGCAAAGGCCUCCCACCGCGGAGGCCAAGUCUGCUGUUCCAGGUGGCGUUUGCCCUCCCUGGGAAGACCACAACUGCACAGUCAGUGAAGCAAACCAGAGCCAGGCAGCUAGACACCACCGACCAGCCUGUGAAGGAGGACGGGGCACUGAGUGAUGUGCUGAAGGACUUUGAGGACAUCUGUAAGAAGUAUACCGCCCUGGGGAAGAGUGUACUGGGACUGAGGUUUGCCCAGGAGGGGGAUAUGUCGGAGGCUGUGAAACACAUGGAGGAAUCAAGCCGCCUCGGUCACGCCAGCGCUCAGUUCAAUCUCGGACUCUGCUUCGAAAUGGGCAAAGGUGUUGAGGUUGAUCUAAAAAAGGCUGCAGAGUACUACAGGAUGGCUGGGGAGGACGGACAUGCCAAGGCCUUGUAUAACCUGGCGCUGCUGCACUUGAAGGGGGAGGGAGGGAUGAAGAAGGACACGCCCACAGCCAUGUUGCUGUUGGAACAGGCGGCUCAGUCAGGACUGACAGAGGCCCAGACCUACAUGGGUGUGUACUACACGGAGGAGGAGCAGCAGGACAUGAAGAAAGCAGUGAAAUUCUUCACUCAGGCCGCGGAACAACACGACCCUGAAGCCCAAUACUUCCUGGCCAUCUGUUACGAGCAGGGUUGGGGAGUGGAGGUGAACGAGUGCAAGGCGGCCCAUCUGUACUCAAUGUCGGCGCAGAGCGGCCAUGAUGGAGCCAUGUACAACCUGGCGGUGUUCCACGAACACGGUCUUGGAGGGAUUCCGAAGGAUGGUAUUUCUGCACUGUAUCUGUACAAGAAGGCGGCUGCCCAGGGCAACGAGAGCGCCAAGUUCAAACUACAGGAGUGGCAGGCCCAGGCUGCUGUAUGGGAGUGGAAAGCUGAAAAUGAUGACUUGGAAGGCGGGAAUAACUCCUUGCGACCACCAAAGAUUCUUCUAAAUGCGUCCAAGUCAUCUCCAUCAGUUACAGAGUAUGUACGGCAGAAUAUUGGUCAGCUUUGUAUAGGCGCAGUGAGACCUGCGUCCGAACCGGUGUUUCCUCCCCAGCAUAUAAUUGUUACCUCCCCUGAAGGAAGAUCAAAGUCUGAGCAGGUGUUGUUCUACCUCCGGCCUGAGGAGGUAGACAAGAGCGAUGAUGCCGACAGCGGAUAUGGCAGCCCCCCGGCUCUCACUCCCAACUCCUCCGGUGUUGGACUGCACCGGAAUGCCACAAUGCCUGAUCUGAGGACAUGGGAAUGUGCUUGACGACAGUGAUAACUCUGAAACCUUGUUGGCCCGGAAACCCUUCUUUCCAGACCAGUUACUGUUAGGAACAUCUGAAUAUAUACAAAGGACAUUACUCUGUAUCAUGUUUUGUAAAUCUGGACGAUUUCACUGAGAAUGGUGCCGUCUGGAUUAAUGAUAUUUCACUACAUUCAGUGAGUAUCAUUGUUCACUGUAAUGAACACUCGUGACGUGAGAAGCUUCGAAAGGUUGAAUAAAUUUGAGAAGGAUAUUAUUUUGUCAUAAGAAGUACAUUUGAAUGGCAGGUAGGCUGUUUGAUUCAAGACGUGUUAAUUUUUCCCCCUGACCAAAUUGAAAUAUUCAGAUUGUUUUCGAGGAUAUGAAGUUUGUUCGAAACUUGCAUCAUGUUAGGUGCUUGAAGCAUUGUUGAAUUAUGUCCCAAACUGCAUCUUAUAUUUCUGUCCGUGAGUAGAUAUUGUAUUGUUCAAGUGAGAUUUUAUGUAUGAAUAGUCCAAGAAAGAUAUAUGUAAGGUUUUCCUGAAUCUGUGUGACGGGUGAAACUAGGUACAUAUUAGAAACUAUUAGAUUACCUUAUUUUCUUGUGUGUAAUACAUACCCCUCAUUCUUGGGUACAGUUUUCUGGGUAAAAUGGUAUAAACCAUGUACACUGUACAAAGUAAAGUGCAAACUGCCUCAUUUUGCUGCAGAUGACGUCUUGGCUUGAAUUUCGACAGUGUGCAAAACAGACCUCCCUGUCCACACAUGUAUUUUUUGGGAUAAGCAGUGUGCAUUAUACACAAGAAUAUACUGUACUCGUUUCAUUUUUUGUCAACAUAACAUCACAUCUAAGGCUAAAAAAUAAAAUCUAAGUUCUCAAUGGCCCUUGGAAAAAAAUGUGAAAAAGGAAUCUACCGGGUGUCAGUUUUCACCAAAUAUAUUUCAUUUAUGGUAAAUGUUUUGUUAUGAUGAUUGCAGGAGAAUCAAGAAUAUUUAUUUUUUAGCCUUAUCUGCUUAACCAGAUCAAUUGUGUUCAUGUCAAUCAUUUGAUGAAACAGUUCAAUUUUUCAUCUAAGAAACUUCAGCUUCUUUUAAGAUCAAACAAUUGAGUUGUUGUUUGCAUGGAGAAGAACUACACAGUUAAGACUUUUGUAUGCAUUUAUGAAAACGAGAGUUUAAUAAUGUCAUACUUCCGGCAUUAUGGAACAACGCACAAAAAUUGUCCUGAUUUUGUUUUACUGUUAACUGUCUCAGUGCUUCCUAAAGAAAAAUGUGCAUCUUUAAGCAUAAUGCUGUGUGUAAUAACGUGUUUCUUGUGUUGGGGGAAAAACAAAUCAAAAUAGAAUUGUUGUCAAAAUAUUUUUGUAAUUAAUAUACUUCUUGUCAUGAUAAGUGAAUUUCUCUGAAGGAACUGUCUUCCAAAACUUUUGAUAUCAACACUGAUAUGAAAGAAUCUGUUUCAUUUGGUGGAUGCUUAUAGUUUUAGGUUGUAUUCUGUCACGACUCCAAUGAAAAUGUAGACUUGAUCUUAGAUAGUUUGUUCAUGGUAACUAUAACUAAACCGGCAUUAUUUAGAGUUGACCGUUACCAUGGUUACAGUAUGAAUAUACCAGGCCAGUUCUUAUUGUUAAUACUGCCCCACUGUGGAUUUUCACAAGUCAUACUCAUUUCAAUCUCAUUAAAAUAAGAUCUUAGUUCUCGCUACCGCUAAACAAAGAUCUGAAGACAUCCCAGUUUGGGUCAUGUCAGAACGACCUUUCAUCCGACCAAUCAGUGCGUCGCUUACCAGAUUAUGAAAGUGACAGUUGGAAUGUGAUUUCUAAUCAUGCAGUCUCGAAAACUUUAUCAUGGGGUAUAUCCGAACAAUAGCUACAGGUUUAAUGACUGAAUCCUUACAAUCUAGACCAUCUAUUAGCCAUUCCAGAGUGUGUUUUUGUGAGAAUUUGUCAAAAUAUGUUUCGAAGCGUGGUCGCCAAUUUGAAAUUUGUGCCGUAAAGCACGAGAAAGCUGCCUUCUGAUUGGUCAUUCCAUUGGUCGGUCAAGGUUCGCGCAAGGUCGGUCUGACAUGACCCGUAAUGGGAUGUCCUGAGAUCUUUGUUUAGCGGUAGCGAGAACUAAGAUCUGAUUUUAAUGAGAUUGUACUCAUUUAUGUUGAAAACAAGUGUCUAGUGACUCGACCAUGUUGGGUAAUGUGUGCCUGUCGGCAGUUGGUAUACAUGUGUAGGCAGAGCUUGAGAUCCAUCUGAAUAAUUUUCAUUUUUAUGGAUAAGGAACCCCUUUUCUGUUAACAGGGGUUUCCUACCUUUUGUUAAACCCCAUAUUGCUCGGUAAUGGGGGUUAAAUGUUUUUUGUUUUACUGAACUGGGUCCUCUAGUGGUCUGAAGCACUGAAUAGGUGCUGAUGUGAGGGGUUUAAGACCGGAGAGGUGCAAGGCUUUUGAGUUAUUCUACCCCGUAACCGUGCACUGUCACCUUUUACUGAAGUAGUUGUUUUUGAGGCCCACAUGAAUAAUUUCUCACUUUAGUGUGUUUUCAAGUUAUCUUACAUUUGUGAUAAUUGAAUUUACUCCUUGAGUAUUUUUACUUACAUAUGUAAAUUUACAAGGUCAAUAUAGACAUUAAUAAUACAUACUGAUAGUCAAACGUUAAGCAACGAAUUGUGAGCAAGUUCAGUGGUGGUUUUACUUUUGACCAUGAGUAUAUAUCAGUGUACAAAGAUAAAAAAAAUGGUACAGUUCUACACUACUUCAACCCCCUUUGAAGAUACAACCACUCACAAUCUAAGUUACAAAUUAAACACUACCAAUAUUAUAAAUUUAACUAUAUACACAAUUUCUUAUGUUUCGAGUAGGUUUAGUCCUUUGAAGUAGCAAACAUUCCAUCGCGGCGUGAAGCAGUGUGGGCACAAUAGAUGUUGUGACGCGUUUCUCCACACUUUGUUGUUUCCACUGCCUAGACAUUCUUCACAUGUACAAUAAGGUAGUUCAGCACUCGGCCUUUCACAUACACAUCUUAAAUUGUUUGAUAGGCAUUACUUAGAAGUUGACGGAUGACAAGAUAGACACAAUUUUAUGGAUAACAACUU